AUGAGCGACGAGGAGGAGCCCCUAGAGACAUGGAUGCUGCAGGAUAUGCUGCAAACCCUGCCGUCAUUUACACGGGAGCUCAUCGCGGGCGGCGUGGCGGGCGGCCUGUCCAAGACAUGCGUCGCCCCCUUGGAACGCGCCAAGAUCCUCAUGCAGACGCGCGGGCCGCAGGCGUCCUCUCUCGGCGGCACCCUCAGGUUCAUGUGGGAGACCGAGCACACCCGAGGCCUUUUCAAGGGCAACCUGGCCAGUGUUCUGCGAAUAGUGCCCUAUGCUGCCUGCCACUUCGCCAGCUACGAGUACUUCCGCCGUCUGCUGCUGGAGAGAGUUGGGGACAGCAGCAGCAGCAGCAGCAGCAGCAGCAGCAGCAGCAGCAGCAGCAACAACAACAACAGCAGCGGCAGCAGCACCACCAUCAACACCACCACAAACAGCGGCACGGACGGCUCCAAGAGGAGCGAUGCCGGCAGCACCAGCAACGGCGAUAGCGGCGACGGCAGCAGCAGCAGUGAGGGUGGUGGCGGCAGCGGUGGUGGGCGCAGCUCGGGCCGGACAGAUCCCGUGUGGGACCUGCUUGCCGGCGCAGCGUCUGGAGCGGUGGCGGUGCUGGCGACGUACCCCCUGGAUCUGGUGCGCACACAGCUUGCAUACACCACAGACGCGCCCCCGGGCGUCGCUGGCGGCAGUAGCAGCAGCAGCAGCGGCGGCAGCAGCAGCAGCAACAGCAGCAGCAGCAGCAGCAGCAGCAGCAGCAGCAGCAGCAGCAGCAGCAGCAGCAGCAGCAUUCGCGCGGUGCUGCGGCGAAGCCUGCGGGAGGAGGGUGUCCGUGGAUUGUACCGUGGCGCGGCGCCGACGUUGUUGGGCAUCCUGCCCUAUGCAGGGCUGAAGUUUUACCUGUAUGCUUGCAUGAAAGACUGGUAUAGAGACUGGGAGCAGGAUGCGGCCGCGGCGGCAGGCGGCAGGGGCGGCGGCGGCGGCGGCGCGCCGACGGGGGAGCGGCUGCCCGUGGGCGUGAUGCUGCUGGCGGGCGGCGUGUCGGGCGUCGUGGCGCAGACGGCGACGUACCCGCUCGACGUCAUCCGCCGCCAGAUGCAGGUGGCGGGGCUCGAGCUGCAGCAGGCGGGCCCCGCCGGCGCCGCGCCGGCGGGGCAGCACCACCGCGCGCCGCGCAUGAUGGAGACGGCACGCCACAUCCUGCAGGAGAGCGGGCCGCGCGGCCUGUUCCGCGGGCUCCACCUCAACUUCCUCAAGGUGGUGCCCUCGACAGCCAUCGGGUUCACUACCUACGAUUUCAUCAAAUCCUAUCUUGGCCUGCACACGCCUUGA